AGUUAAGGCUUUCCCACUGGAUUCCCUCUCCGACCGUCUGCAAGAGGUUGUUAAAAAAAGAAGAAAAAAAAAAAAAAAAAAAAGAAAGGAAGAAAGAAAAAAAAAGGAAGAAAGAAGAACGCACGGACUUUUCCCCAAAGAAACGCACACUUUGCAACCAAAGGGGGGGAGCAGCAGUGAGGAGGUGGCGAAAGGAUUUCUAUUCUGUUGCAAAAGAAAUAAACGCGUAGUUACCGGGCAGAUUGCACUUUUUACGCAUCACAACCCUGGUUGGUUGAACUUCUUUUUUCCUCGGAAUUCCCACUAGCCUACAAAUGUUUCUGAACUGUGGAAAGUAAAAACAAAACAAACAAAAAAAAAAAUAUAAACUCACUGAAAGACCAUUUUUAAAACGGGGCAGUCUAACAAUGACCCUGGGAGCAGAAAUGUCAGAUAAUUCGUUGCUUUCUGAGGAUGUAGACAUCGACGUAGUUGGGGACAUUACCAUCAAGGAUGGGAAAUACCACGACUUUCAAUCGGACAACGAUUCGGACGACCAGCUCUCUAGAAAUACCGGAGAUAACCUAUCUUCUCCAGGGCUCGGCAGUGGAUCGGAGUCCCAGCCCCCACCUCGCACAGGGGACAAGACUGGCAAGAACACUCUGGUGAAACCCCCGUAUUCAUAUAUAGCGCUGAUCACUAUGGCUAUACUGCAAAGCCCGAAGAAACGACUCACCUUGAGUGAGAUCUGCGAGUUCAUUAGCAAUCGCUUCCCUUAUUACCGGGAGAAGUUUCCUGCCUGGCAGAACUCGAUCAGGCACAACCUGUCGCUCAACGACUGCUUCGUCAAGAUACCUCGGGAACCUGGCAACCCCGGAAAGGGCAACUACUGGACCCUCGACCCCGAAUCUGCGGACAUGUUUGACAACGGAAGCUUCCUGCGGAGAAGAAAACGCUUCAAGAGGCACCAGUCGGCAGACAUUCUUCGAGAUCCCAACAGCUUCCUACCGGGUUUUGGAUAUGGGCCCUACGGGUACAAUUACGGCAUUCAGUUGCAAAACUACUCGCAGCAGCAGCACCACGGCACUGCAUUCCCAUUCCAGCCCCCGCACUGCGCCAUGCCCUCACCGGCCGCGCUCUUUCCUGCACCGCACAUGGCACCCUUGUUGGGAAACGAGCUGACUAGGAAACCUUUCUUUCCCCAGCUGAGUCCUACGCUACCCGGCCUACAGCCUCUCAAAGUGGACAACGGCCAGGCGAGACCCUCUUUUUCGAUUGAUAACAUUAUAGGCGUGACGGGGGCUGGGCCCGGCGGGAAUUCGCCAUAUUCGAGCCAAACCGGGAGCACGGCGCAGGUACUGGCAAUGCUUACACCGGCCCUCACGAGCACCCCCAGCCACAUCAACUUAGCGACCGACAGCCUCCUGCACGCGGCCGGGGGGCAGACUUUCACCAGUAAAAUUGCAAACCUUAAUGGCUGUCAUUUUUAAAAACAAAAAAUUCAAACUGUUCUUUCGCUCCCGUAACCUUUGUAAAGGUAGGAUUUAUAUACUUUUUGCGAAAUAUUCCAAACAGGCAGAUUUUUUUUCCUGUAAAAAAUAAGUAAAAUAUAAUAAAUGAAAAUAUAUUUAUGAAGUGUAAAUAUGUAUCAUAAUGGAAAGGGGGAAGGCUAUAGAGAACUCUGUGAGCUUUUAAAUGAUUGGGGGUCACAAUAGAGAUUUACUUUUAAUCACGCACUGUUCAAUCUUCCCCAUUUAAAACUUCAAAUUUUCAAAAAGAAAAAAAAAAAUAACAUAGAAGACAGUUUUGAAUUUCUGCUUAAAUUAGUUUGAAAAUUAGUAGUGACUUUUUACUCUGGAAUUUAUGGUUUGGUUAGUUUAAAAAUGUAAUAAACACUGUUUAAGAAGCAAUCUUGGUCGAAAUAAGGAGGACCCGAAACUGAGAAAAAAAAAACAAAACAUGAUUUAAAAAUGUUUUAAAAGCACUCGGCAAAAAGAAAAAGGAAAAGGGGAGCUCUAGAGAGAGUUUAAAUAUUUCUCAAACAUUUGCCCCGUUUCUUUUAGUUUGUGUUUGGUGAAUUUGUAUUUUUGUUCUUCUUUAUUUUUGUUGCUAGAUUCUAUAGAUGGUGUACAGUUCAAUACAUCUUAUGUGUUCCUUUGUUGUGCAUCCGUUUUUUUAAUCUAUUUGGGAGAGAUUCUGUGAAAACAAUUGAUGGUAUAUGUUGAAAACACAAAGAGAAAAAAAAGCAAAACUCGGCAAUUCAAGCAAAAUGAAUGUCAUUUUGUUGUAAAUUAAUAAAUGUUUGUGAACGAUGCAAAUGCUUUCUUUCAUUUAAUAACGUCCCUUACCCUUAUCUUACAUGCACGGUUUUCUUGUUCCUAUUAUUAAGCAAAGCUAUAGCCAAACACACAAUUGGUGGACUUAAGACAGCAUUUUAGGGGUGACAGGCGUAUCGUAACGUCUAUUCAUCAAUUCUAAAGCGGAAUUAGUUGGCCUUAUCAGGCCAGGUUGUUAACAAAUUUCAAAAUGUUUGCCUAAAGAAAAAAAGAGGCGUUUUUGAAUAUUUGCGCUAUGCUUUCAAACGUGGGUGCAUUUGGGCAAAUUAUUAUACAGUUUAGAGCUGCAGUAAAAAAAAAAUUGU